UGCACUGUGAGCAUCUGCAAUAACAUAAAUUCAUAGGCAGCUAAAAAAAAUCCUUUUCAGGUGAUACACCCUUUUCAGAUAAAUGAGGAGACACUAAACAGGUGAUACGCUCUAUUCAGACAGCUAAAAAACUGUUUUCUUGCAAAGCUAGGGGUGCAGACGUGGGCACGACUGCGCACUGAAAUGCGUAGCUGCCAAACUUCUAUAAUUGCAGAGAGUUUGACCUCACAUUUUUAAGCAACAAGGUCCCUUUGUAAAUCUAGUCAGAGCCUAAUGAUGUUCUUCUGAAACCCAAAAGAAAAUAAGAUGUGUGCUUCUUAAUGAGCGGAUCUGUCCAUGUUUUUAGCUUCUCCAGUUACAUGGUCAAACAAUAGGUGAUGCAUGUCCAAUGGAAGACCAUGGAAUUUUCUGCACUACUGAUGCUCACGUUUACCUACAAUCUCGUAUGUAUAUGCACAAAAGGUUGGUUCAUUUCAAAAAAAAAACAUCCAUGGUAACAAUACAAAAACCGAAACAACUAAAAUUAUAUGAGUUUGUUCUGUUCAUAAACAUACGAGUUUGUUCUGUUCAUAAACAUAUGAGUUUGUUUUGUUCAUAAACAUAUGGAAUCCAACUAAAAUUGUACUCCCUCCGUCCCAUAAUGUCAGAUGUUUUUUUGACACUACACUAGUAUCAAAAAAUGUCUUACAUUAUGGGACGGAGGGAGUAGAAAUCAGCACAUUCAGACAAGAAUACCCAGCAGUCACAUCUAAAAGAAUGGUUGGUUUAUCAUCGUCCAGACGAUAACAACCACAACCCAGCAUUUCAAGCUUCCUAGAAAUAUCUCUCCUUGACUGCUUCCAAGAUUCCCAGAAACUUCCUGUGGGAAAAGGACCACAAAUAAAAUGCUUGACUGACUCUGCUUUUUCCCAGCGUUUUGUUGUACCUUGCCCAAGAUAAACUCAUCCGCUUCUUUGCUUCCAUAUCCCAGUUCCAUAGUUCUCUGCAGCAAUGAAUCCCCUUCCCAUACACACAAUCAUCUGCGUUGUUUGUUGGUCAUAUUGGUUAUCCCCAUUCUGUGCACUUUCAUCAUCCAGCAGCCGCCUUCUUCCCGACAAACCGCUUUCAUCAUCCAGCAGCCGCCUUCUUCCCGACAAAACGCUUUCUGCUGGAAGCACCAUCACCUCCCACGACGGCACUUUUGCCCUGGGAUUCUUCCCCCCGUCCAGCUCUGGCACAAAACAUUACUACGUCGGCAUAUGGUACAAGAACAUACCCCAAGAUAACAUUGUGUGGGUUGCCAACCGUGCUAUGCCGAUCGCUGAUCCUUCUUCUGCAACACUCGCCUUCACAAACAGAUCCAAUCUCGCCUUGUCAGACACCAAUGGCCAGCUUUUCUGGACGACAAACAUCAGUGCUGCAGGAAAUUCAUUGUCAGAGGCAACUGGUGGAGAAGCCACGCUUGAGAACAAUGGGAAUUUUAUCCUUUGGUCAUCACAAGGCACCAUCUUAUGGCAAAGCUUCGAUUACCCGACCGACACUCUCCUUCCAGGUAUGAAGCUCAGGAUCACCCACAGGACGCAUGCACUACAACGGCUCAUCUCUUGGAGAAACCCCCAAGACCCAUCCCCGGGCAACUUCUCAUAUGGUGCAGACCCUGAUGAGUUUCUGCAGCGUUUUAUAUGGAAUGGCUCAACACCAUACCGGCGAAGUCCGGUAUGGAAUAAAUUUGUGGAAGUCGGGCAGUAUAUCGAGAGUAUCAAGUCCACGAUUUACUUUACACUACAACCUAUUGAUGAUGAGGUAUACAUUUCCUUUGGACUACCAGCACCAAGCGUCUCCUCGUUAGUGCUAAUGAAGAUGGACUGCUCAGGAAAGAUAAAGAUACGAACCUGGAAUAGCAACAUGUCCAAAUGGACUGACCUGCAGUCAGAACCUAACCAGGAAUGCAACAAAUUUGGUUACUGUGGUCCAUUUGGUUACUGUGACAACACGCAAUCUAUUGUAACAUGCAAGUGUCUUGAUGGCUUUGAGCCAAAUAAUAAACAAGACUGGACGGCCCGCAGGUUUUCGCAGGGAUGCCAACGAAUGGAAGCACUAAGAUGUGCUCAAGGGGAUGGCUUCUUAAAUGUGUCAACCAUGAAGGUUCCUGAUCAGUUCUUGUAUGUCAAGAAUAGAAGCUUAGAUGAAUGCAUAACAGAAUGCACAAGCAACUGCUCCUGCAUGGCAUAUGCUUACGCCAAUAUGGGCACCAAGGUUAUCAAUGGGGAUGAAACUAGGUGCCUAUUAUGGAUUGGAGAUUUGAUUGACACAGAGAAGCUCAUUGGAGAAGGGGAAAACCUCUACAUCCGGGUUAAUGGAUUCAAUGAUAAAAAGCAGAAGAGCGUUGUUUUAAAAAUUACACUGCCAGUCGUGUCAAGUUUGCUCAUAGUCAUAUGUGCGUGGCUUGUUUGGAUCUGCAACUUGGGAGGCAAACAAAAAAACAAGAAAAAUUGGAAGAAGGUGAUGUCAGGAACUUCGAGCACUUCUGUUGAACUUCACGAUGGAAACUUAAAGUAUCCUUUUAUAAGCUUCAAAGAAAUUGUACUUGCAACAAACAAUUUUUCUAACUCCAACAUGCUUGGACAUGGAGGUUUUGGCAAUGUUUACAAGGGGACAUUAGAAGAUGGUACAAAAAUUGCUGUGAAAAGGCUUAGUAAGGGUUCUGGCCAGGGGGUAAUGGAGUUCAGAAAUGAAGUAAUACUCAUUGCGAAGUUGCAGCACCAAAACUUGGUUAGACUUCUAGGUUUCUGCAUCCAUGGAGAUGAGAAACUAUUGAUAUAUGAAUACUUACCUAACAAAAGUCUAGACGCCAUGCUUUUUGAUGCCACAAGAAAAUCAAUGCUUGAUUGGCCGAUGAGAUUCGAGAUAAUCAAAGGGGUAGCUAGAGGACUUCUUUAUCUUCAUCAGGAUUCAAGGCUGAAGAUAAUUCACAGGGAUCUCAAAGCAAGCAACAUAUUAUUAGAUGCCGAAAUGAGCCCUAAGAUAUCUGAUUUUGGUAUGGCAAGGAUAUUUGGUGGCAAUCAGCAGCAAGAAAAUACCAACCGUGUCGUUGGCACAUACGGUUACAUGUCCCCUGAAUAUGUUUUGAAAGGAGUGUUUUCUGUCAAGUCUGAUGUAUAUAGCUUUGGAGUUUUACUACUGGAGAUUGUGAGUGGCUCAAAGAUCAGUUCUGUGCACCUAAAAGCAGACUUCAGCAGCAUUAUAGCCUAUGCAUGGAGCUUAUGGAAGGAUGGGAACACACAGGAUUUUGUUGACUCGUCAAUUGUGGGGAGCUGCUCACUUAAUGAAACUUCACGGUGCAUCCAUAUCGGACUCUUAUGUGUUCAAGGCAGCCCAAAUGCGCGGCCACUCGUGUCAUCAAUCGUGUCCUUCCUGGACAAUGGAGAUAUAUCACUUCCAACUCCAAAAGAGCCCAUGUAUUUUGCAGAAGAUAACUAUGGUACUGACGGAGCAGCAGAAAAUACUGCCAAGUCUGCAAAUAACAUGAGCAUUACAGUACUGGAGGGACGCUAGCACCUAGCAGUCUAAUUUCUGCAUAUUUGUAUGUACUUUUUACAAUUGUAUACCGGAUAAGAAACUGCAUUUGUAUUGAAGAAGUAGAAGCUUUGUUUUAAUAUAGAUAAUGUAUUUCAACUCCUCCUACGGCAAAAUGGGAGAGGUCAAAAUGUUCUUAUUAAAGACCCUUCUCACCAAGAAUUUUGGAUGCAUAAAAGAAGGCAAGUUAAGCAGUUUUUUUUUUGUAUCCUUAAAGAAGG